AUGCCUCGCCCUAACCUCCCUCCAACUCCCCAGCCGUCGACUGAUAUCACCGGCAAGAGCAGCGCCAAUGCCCCUCAAUUGGAGACGAGCUUCACCUUGCCACCUGCAGCUUUGGGUGGUAGGGGAAGUGUAGCUAGCUCUUCUGGUCCGUCUGAAAAUGCCUCAGAUUCGUCGUACCGGCCACCAUCCCCGUCGUCUCCAGUCGCGACUUCCAAGCCCAGUCAUGCGCGCAAACGCUCCCAGCAAAGCAUCAUCACCAAGGACGACUAUUCUCUGCCUCCUCCGCCCACUCGAUCACGUAAAAUUAUCCAGAUGAAGCCCAAGGAUACUCAAGAGUCGACCAAGACCCCGUCCCAAACACAGACUGCAAAUGCAAAGACCACGACCGCUGCCGCUAAUGGAACCAAAAGGAAGCAGGCAGGCAACACCACUGCUGCGGGACGCAAGAUUGCAAGGAAGACGGCGCAUAGCCUUAUCGAGCGAAGGCGGAGGUCCAAGAUGAACGAGGAGUUUGGGGUUCUCAAAGACAUGAUUCCGGCAUGCAGAGGGCAAGAGAUGCAUAAGCUCGCCAUAUUGCAGGCAUCUAUCGAGUACAUGCGCUACCUCGAACAAUGCGUCUCCAACCUCAAAACCGCCAACUCACGACGCGACUCUCCCUCGUCUGCCACAUCCGAGCUCCCGCCGCCCCCAGCCCAGCGCCUGCGCUGCGACGACGACGAUGAAGUCUCAGACCAAGACGAAGAAAUGGAAGACGCCGUAUCACCCACCUACGUCGAGCCCCCACCCACCAAGUCACGAUACACAUUCGCCCAAGCCUCACCCGCCAUUCACCCCUCCGACAGAAGCGCAUUCACUCACUCCACCACCACAUCUCCAGCCAUCCUGCCCCACGAUCGCACCAACGGGAACGGGCAGUACUCGGCGAACCCCUCCCCCGCGUUACGUCCGUCAGACCCACACCACUACUCGCUUGGACCAUGUUCCACAGUAACGAGUCCUUCGAUCCACCCGAGUCCUGCUUUCAGCGCCCACACCCCAUCUGCAACACACUUCAGCAACCCGUUCCAUAACCACAAUGGGCCUCCUAGUACGGGUCCGAUUGCCGCGCCGGGGUCGGCGCAUGGGUCGCUGCAUUUUUCCCUCACGAGCCCCGCGUUGAAACCGCAGGCUGAUCGCGAGGAUCAGGAGGCUACAGAGGCGCUGAUGAUGUUGAAUACGGAUCGGAGGAGUUGGAGUGGGGCGAGGGGGAUGAGUGUUAAGGAUCUUCUUAGUGGGUAG